AUGGCGGAUGAGAGACGAGAGAGAGACGGCGCCACCAACAACACUGUAAAAAACCCUAACGACCGCAAAAUCAAAGGAGUAGACAAUUCUAUUGAAGAUGGAGAUUUCAUUAGCUCUAUGCCAGAUGAGAUCCUCCACCAUAUUCUCACCUCUAUUCCCACCGAUCUCGCCAUCAGAACUUCCGUCUUGUCCAAACGAUGGAGACACGUUUGGUGCGAGACACCUUGUCUCUACAUCAAUGAUUUUAGGUCUCAAGCGAUAAACCAAACCCUAAAUUCCUACAGGGCUCCCACAAUCAUGAGUUUCGAUCUUCGUAUGAGACUUGAUCACACUGCACCCCAGAUUGAUAGCUGGAUCUCGUUCGCUAUGUCCCGAAAUGUGCAGAAGCUGUCUGUGAACUUCGGUAUUCGUAAUGAGACUUAUAAUUUCCAAGAUUUCUUCUAUCUUAGUUCCUCUCUAGAGCAACUCAACGUGAGCUUUAACGAUAUGGUUCCCGGAUGCACAGUGUCUUGGAAAUCCCUAAAGAACUUGUCAUUGAGUUUUUGUAAACUUGGAGAUGAAUCCAUUGCAAAGAUUCUCUCUGGCAGUCCAAAGCUUGAAAGCUUGAGAUUGUAUUUUUGUGAUUCAGUUCAUCGUCUUGACCUGACAAAGUCACUGAGUCUGAAAACAUUGGAAAUAGUUCGCAGUGGAAGUGGAAAUGAUUCUAGACAAGUCGAGAUUAUAGCGCCACACAUCCAAUAUUUGAGAUUGAAAAACUCUUAUCCACCAUGUACUUUGGUGAAUGUCUCCUCUUUGACCGAAGCUGACCUUGACAGCUGCAGUAACAUCAUGUACAUGUACAGGUACUUUUCUUCGAGGGCUGAAUUUGUUCAAACUGUGGUGCUCAAGAUGCUAGAAAAUUUGGAGAACGUAGAGAAACUUACUCUUAGGAGAAGCGUUCUUCAGAUUCUUUCUCUCGCCGAGGUAUGUGGUGUUCCUUUCCCAACGCUCAAGGUCCAAACUUUGAUUGUUAAAACAAUGCUUGUCCGAUCUGUUAUGCAUGGUAUAGCAAGGUUACUACAGAAUUCACCUGGAUUAAAGAAGCUAAUUGUACAUGCAACGAACAGCGACAUCAUACCGGAUAUGCAUCUUGACCACUAUAUGAAUUCACAAGGCAUAUAUCUGUAUAAAUGUUGGAGAUCAGAAUAUAAGAUCUUCCCUAGAGACGGGCAUUUUCAUCAUGUAACGCCGGAACUCUUGGCUUCGUUGGUAAAAUUGGUGCUGAGAAACGCAAAGCCACUAGAGACGGUGGUUGUACGGCUCUUCAAACCAUGUUCCUCCCAAGAUGCAAAAUUGUUUGAAGAGCUGACUGGGAUGGCUCGAACACUUUCUCACAACAAUAAUGUCUCUAUUGUGAUCAAACGAAGCAGUGACUAA